CGGCCCGGCCCCGCCAUGGAGAAUGAGCAGCUCCCGGCCCCGGCGCCCGCCAGCAGCGCCGGCAGCGCGGCCCCGGCGCCCGCCAGCAGCGCGGCCGCGCGCCCCGCCGGGCCCCAGAUCUCCGUCUACAGCGGCAUCCCCGACCGCCAGACCGUGCAGGUGAUCCAGCAGGCGCUGCACCGGCAGCCCAACACGGCGGCGCAGUACCUGCAGCAGAUGUACGCGGCUCAGCAGCAGCACCUCAUGCUGCAGACGGCCGCGCUCCAGCAGCAGCACCUCACCAGCGCCCAGCUCCAGAGCCUGGCCGCCGUGCAGCAGGCGAGCCUGGCGGCGAACCGGCAAAGCGGCUCCUCGGGGGGCAACGGCACCCAGGCAGCCCCGGCGCAGCAGCCCACGAUCAACCUGGCGACGUCGCCGGCGGCGGCGCAGCUGCUGAACCGGGCGCAGAGCGUGGGGCCCGGCGCGUCGGGCAUCGCUCAGCAGGCCGUGCUGCUGGGCAACACUGCCUCGCCCGCCCUCACCGCCAGCCAGGCCCAGAUGUACCUGCGGGCACAGAUGCUCAUCUUCACACCCACGGGCCCCGUCAGCGCUGUCCGGCCCGAGAGCCCUGCGCCGGCCCCUCCGCCGGCCCCGCCACCCGCCCCACCACCCAGCACCCCUCAGGUGCACAGCCUGGCCCUGCGCCCCGCCGGCCCCCACCUCCCUGCCCUGGCCAUGAAGCCCCCCGGGGGUGCCCCUCCCCGGGCUGGCCCCCCCCGGGGGCCCCCGCCCGAGCCCCCCGCCGAGCACCUCAAAAAGGCCGAGGGGCACGAGGGCCGCGCCCAUGGCCUGGCCCGCAGCGCCGCCCCCGCUGCCACCCACCCGCUCGUCACCCCAGCCUACGCCCCGCUGCAGCCCCCCCAGUUCCUGCAGCAGCCGCCGAAGCCGAUGCAGCCGCAGCCGCCGCAGCAGCAGCAGCAGCAGCAGUUCGUCAUCCAGCAGCAGCAGCAGCAGCAGCAGCUGGGCCCCCGUGGGCAGCCUCCCUCGGGCCCCCCCAGCACCCCCCAGCUCCAGCCCCUGCCCCCUGCCAGCCCCGGCCCGGGCCCCCAGCCCAAAACGGGGGUGCCCCAGGGGGCGGGGGGCGAGGGCGGCCCCCCCAACGGGCACCCCGGCUGCCACGCUGCCCCCCGCAAGUUCCAGCACGCCUCGGCUGUCAUCCUGCAGCUGCAGCCCGCCGGCCCCACGCCGUCCCUCGGGGUCCCCGAGGGCGCCCGCCGGGACCCGCUGCCCGUGCCGAGGAGCGCCGAGAGCCCGCCUGCCGCCCCGCCGCAGCCCCCCGCCCUCUCGCCGCCCGCCGCCCCCCCGGGCCCCGACACCCCCGAGGGCGAGCGGCCCCUCACGCACGAGCCCCCCGAGCGCCUCCAUGCGCAGCCCCGCAUUCCCGGGAUGACCUCGGGCUCCGGCAGCGCUGCCGCCACCGUCGCCGGCGCCGCCCCCCACAAUGGUGAGAACAAACCGCCCCAGGCCAUCGUGAAACCCCAGAUCCUCACGCACGUCAUCGAGGGCUUCGUCAUCCAGGAGGGCGCCGAGCCCUUCCCGGUGGGCCGCUCCUCGCUGCUGGUGGGGGCCCUGCACAAGCAGUAUGCACAGGAGCUGCUGCCAGACAAGCUGCCAGCACAGGACAACACCACCACCACCGACUCGGACAUGGAGGAGCCGUACCUGCAAGAAUCCAAAGAGGAGGGGAACCCCCCCAAGUUGAAGUGUGAGCUCUGCGGCCGCGUUGACUUCGCCUACAAGUUCAAGCGCUCCAAGCGCUUCUGCUCCAUGGCCUGUGCCAAGAGGUACAACGUGGGCUGCACCAAGAGGGUGGGGCUGUUCCACCCCGACCGCAGCAAGCUGCAGAAACCGGGAGGGCCCCCCCACGGGCGGCGCCGCAGCUGCAAGGGGAGCCUGCCCCCCCUGAGCAAGGACAGCAAGAAACAGCCCCCGGGGUCUGUCCCAGCGGGGUCGGUGACGGCGUCGUUGCAGCUCAACCACAGCCAGGAGGAUUCCAGCCGCUGCUCGGACAACUCCAGCUACGAGGAGCCGCUGUCGCCCAUCUCGGCCAGCUCCUCCACGUCGCGGCGCCGGCAGGGGGAGCGGGAGCUGGAGCUGCGGGACAUGGAGCUGCCCGAGCGCGACCUGCCCGGCCUCGGCCACCGCUUCCUGCCCAGCGAGCCCAGCAAGUGGAACGUGGAGGACGUUUACGAGUUCAUCCGCUCGCUGCCGGGCUGCCAGGAGAUCGCGGAGGAGUUCAGGACGCAGGAGAUCGACGGGCAGGCGCUGCUGCUGCUCAAGGAGGAUCAUCUCAUGAGCACCAUGAACAUCAAGCUGGGCCCGGCCCUCAAGAUCUACGCCCGCAUCAACAUGCUCAAGGACUCCUGAGGGGAGGGAGGGCACCCCAACUUCCCCCGGGGGACCCCUGACCCCCCCAAUGCGGCCCCGGGGAGGGGGCAAAGGGGGGGAGACACUUGUGAGCACACCCCGCCCCCCCUGCCCCCCCCGGGGGGUGUAAAUAGCCCGUAGCUCUAGAGCCCCCCCCCACCCCUCACCCAGCUUUGGGGGGUCACCCCCCCCCUUCUCCAGCAGGGAGGGGGGGUCCCCGCGUGUCCCCCCCCCGUGUCCCCCCCAGGUGAGCAGAGCCAAGCAGGACGGUUGUUGCCUUAACGUGUGCUCCCUCCCCCAGCUGGGAUUGGGGAGGUUUGGACGCCCCCCAAAAGGGGUCAGGGAGAGGUGUGGGGGGCGCAGAGGAGGCGUCACUCCCCCCAUUCACACACACGCCCCCCACACACUCUGGGCUGGGUUUGGGGGUGCCCGAGCAGAGGACAGUGGUGGGGGUCCCCCCCCAGGCAGGUAAGGACCCCCCCACUCCCCCCCUCAGCCAGCACGAUCUUUUUAAGAAAAGAAAAGGAAAAAAAAAAAAUUGAAAAAAAAACCACACAUGGUCCC